AUGGCGGCGCUCGGUACGGAGUUUGGCGACUUGGUGCAAAUUAAAAAACAACUAAUAUCUAUAAUAUCGCAAUGCAGAGAAAGGGGGCUAGUACAUAGUGUGAAGUGGGCUUCCGAGUUGGCGUUUGCCUUGGACCCUCUCCCAGUAAACGAACACCCCCCGCCUCCUGAUCUCACUGAGGAGGAUGCUGCAGACUUUGACGCUCUCUGUUUGGCCAAAUCCUACUUUGACCUGAAGGAGUAUGACCGCGCUGCCUAUUUUCUUCGGGAUUGUCGCAGUAAAAAAGCCUAUUUUUUGUAUAUGUACUCUCGAUACUUGUCAGGAGAGAAGAAGAAAGAUGACGAGACAGUGGACAGCCUAGGCCCUCUGGAGAAGGGUCAGGUGCGUAACGAGGCCCUGAGGGAGCUGAGAGUGGAGCUGAGUAAGAAGCACAUUGCCGGGGAACUGGAUGGAUUUGCCUUGUACCUCUAUGGGGUGGUGUUGCGGAAGCUGGAUCUGCUUAAAGAGGCGGUGGACAUCUUUGUUGCCGCAACACACGCCCUGCCUUUACACUGGGGAGCCUGGCUGGAACUCUGCAAUCUGGUCACCAACAUUGAAAUGCUGAAGUCCCUGUCGCUGCCGGAGUGCUGGGUGCGAGAUUUCUUCCUGGCUCAGAUGUACACGGAGCUGCAGAUGAUCACGGAGGCGCUUCAGAAGUACCAGAGCCUCAUCGAGGCCGGCUUCUCCAAAAGCACCUACAUCAUCUCACAGAUCGCCGUCGCCUACCACAACAUACGAGAUAUUGACAAGGCUCUUGCACUCUUCAACGAGCUGCGAGAGCAGGACCCUUUCCGCAUCGAGAACAUGGACACCUUCUCCAAUCUGCUCUAUGUCCGAAGUAUGAAACCGGAGCUCAGCUAUCUGGCCCACAAUCUGGUGGAGAUUGACAAGUACCGAGUGGAGACAUGCUGUGUGAUCGGUAACUACUACAGCUUGCGGUCGCAGCAUGAGAAGGCAGCCCUGUACUUCCAGCGAGCCCUGAAGCUGAACCCACGCUGCCUGGGGGCGUGGACCCUCAUGGGCCAUGAGUACAUGGAAAUGAAGAACACAUCAGCUGCCAUCCAGGCCUAUAGACAUGCAAUCGAGGUGAACAAACGUGACUAUCGAGCCUGGUACGGACUUGGACAGACCUACGAGAUCCUCAAGAUGCCCUUUUACUCUCUAUAUUAUUACCGCAAGGCCCACCACCUCAGACCCAAUGACUCGCGUAUGCUCGUUGCUCUUGGUGAAUGCUACGAGAAACUCAACCAGCAUGUGGAAGCUAAGAAGUGUUAUUGGAGGGCGUACUCAGUAGGCGAUGUGGAAAGGAUGGCUCUUCUCAAACUGGCUAAACUGCACGAACAACUCCAUGAAUCAGACGACGCUGCUCAGUACUACAUCAUCUAUAUCAAAGACAUUUUCUCAUGUGGGGAGCAGUUGGAGCAUGCGGAGGUGAGCACGGCGCUGCGCUACCUGGGCUACUACUACUACAGGAAGGGCAUGUAUGAUGAGUCCUCCUUAUGCGCACAACGCUGCUGCGACUACAACGACGCCCGUGAUGCGGGUAAGGCCCUGCUGAUGCAGAUCUCUGCUACGGUGCGUGACCAAGGGGAGCUGUCGCCUCUGGAGAUGUCCACGCCGGAAGUCUUCGCACCGCUCUCCAACAACAACGCAGCCACGCCCAUACGCAGAGUCUCACCCCUGGACCUCUCUUCUGUCACGCCCUAACACUCACACACACACACACACGUGCAGACACGCCCAUACGCAGUCUCCCCCCUGGGCCUCUCCUCUAACACACACGCAGUCUCACUCCUGGACCUCUCCUCUGUCACGCCCACACACACAUGCACACACACACACACAAACGCCAACGUGCCCUCAUACACAGUCUCUCCCCUGGACCUCUCCUUUGUCAACCCCUCACAGACACACAGACUGUUGGAAUACUUCAUGUCCACAAUUUCAUCCACACUUACCAUGCUUAUCUGUAAUUUCGGGGUGCUUUUUUUGUUUCUCAGAAGUGUGUUUUUUAACUUUGUAGGUUUGCAAUGAGAAACUGCACCGUAAACAAAGCAACAUCAGUUGCUACCUGAUCGUAAGGAUGCUUUUGAGAAACAGGAUCCUGAAUGGUCAUGGGUUCUUUCCAUUCCCCUCCCAGUCCUUGACCGGUGCUUCUGGCCUCACUUUUCAUUGAUGCCGCGCCUCCGUGGAG